UGUUAAUACAUUGAGUGGGAUGGUCGUGUGUUUUUGUGUGUGCGUGUGUUCAUUUACAAGUUGUUAACACGUCCGACAUCAAAGGCCGUUCAAGAAAUUACAAACUGAGAUUGUAGACUGUUGAUGUUAGUAGACAGAACGGAACUUACAUUUAAUGCCUGGGUUUUUGUAUGAUAAGGAUACAGAAAACGAUACUUUCUGAUGUGGGGGUGAUAUCAGUGGAUAAAGAUAAAGAUACAGACAUCGUCGUGAUAUUAAUGGAUAGAAGAGGACUUGAUACCUGAUUUUAUAUAGUCUGCGUGAUGGUGAGCGAGGUUAGCAACGUGCCCGGCUGCUAACGAUGAUGAGAAAAUGCUGUCAGAUGCGCAAAGACAUGAAGUGUGUGUGUGUCAUCUGCAUCUCUCUGAGCAUGUUCGCGGUCUUCCUGCUGAGCUACAUGACGUCGUACGAGCUACAGACGAAAACCCACAUGAGGCGGGUCAUCCUCGGCGGGCUCGGCGAGUUCAACUCUCGUGGAAACACCAGAGAAGAAAACUCCAUACAGAUCGUCGAGGUGGUGGACACUAGUGGGAAGAAAUACAGACUCGAUUCCUUUCUGGACUCUUCUCAAGAGGACAGUGUCGAACUGCAUUUCGGUAGCAAGAACAAGGUUGUGACGUCAGCAACGACGGAUGUACAAACAACGCACGCACAGACAACGACGCCGCACGGAUGGAUUCAGAAGAACUGUACCGGGAUUCAACAGACGUCAGAACUCUUGCAGACGAAAACAUUUCAGUUUCUGGCCAACUACAAGAACCCGUGUUGGCACGAACCCCUGCGCCAGGUUAAGGUCUACAGCCGGAACCGGUUCUCGGAGUUCUCCCGCUACUCGAAGUUGGCCCUGAACAAACUGGAGGAGGAGUGGGCGAAGAGGAUUUCAAACAACCCUUACCCGCGCCGCCUUCGUUGUCUCCCCUACUUUUUCAUUGCCGGCCAGCCCAAGUGUGGCAGCACCGACCUCUAUCAAAAACUGACGUCACAUCCGGACGUAGUCACGCCGCCAAUAAAAGAACCUCAUUGGUGGGGUAAAAAUAGAUACGGGUGGAGACUCAACUACACCACCGCUAUUCCGCUGACAGACUACAUCGACCUGUUCGACAGGGCGGCGCUGAUGAUCGAACACGUCGUGAACCCCUUGGUUCCCGUGGAGGACGGCGCAGAACCUUUCCAUCAAGUCAUAACGGGUGAUGCUAGUGUUUCAACUCUAUGGGACAGCGAUGAUUGGUGGCGGUUGGACGAAAACUGCGGUAGGAAAGAACCACUAUAUACAAAUGCGGACUACAUCCAUCACUUCCUACCAAAUGCAAAAAUCAUUGUCAUACUGCGAGACCCCACGGAAAGGUUAUAUUCUGACUAUCUGUAUUUUCAAAAAUCCCGAAAAUCAGCUGAGGAUUUUCACCUGGAAGUUACCAAAGCAAUUAACGGGUUUGAAGCAUGCCUGGGGAAAUACACUCAAAGAUCGUGCAUAUACAACAGAACCGUUGCAAAUCUGUCAAAGGUUCGACUACGAAUAGGACUGUAUUACGAAUUCAUCAAGGAGUGGUUGAAAGUCUAUCCCCUCGACCAGAUGCUUAUUAUUCGACUCGACGACUAUGCCAGGGACACAAGACUCACGCUACAGAGGGUAUUCAACUUUCUUGGACUCAGAAAGCUGAAAAGAGAUGAAGAGCACAUAUUCCAAAAGCCAGUUGCCAACAAAAGACGCCUGAAAGACAAAAAUAUUGGCAAAAUGUUUAGGGAUACAAACCGGAUAUUGGAUAAUUUUUACCGACCAUUCAAUGAAAAACUAGCAGAGCUAUUGGAUGAUACGAAUUUUCUGUGGACGUACGACAGCAUCUGAUAACAAAUAUUUCCUGAGUUGUCUUUGCUCAAAGAUGUGCGUAUUAAGUUAUGUUUCGUCUACAGUUCAUGAUACUGCUGAUACACAAAGGACUAUGGAUUUUUGGCUUUCCUUCGAGGGUCUCUAAUAUUAGGAGUGGAGAUUACACAAGGAAUAUAUGUAUGGUGAUAUAAACAGAAUAAGUUACUAUCAGUACCGCCAUCGGUGGUAUAGUGGUUAAACCAUCGGACUUAAGGCUGGAAGGUACUGGGUUCACAUCCCAAUACCCCCUCACACCCAGAAGAAGAGCUUCAAUGGUUCAGUGGAGAGAGACGUGUAAGGACAUUACACCAACUUCUUUCUCACUAACCACUUAACAACUACCAUUAACUAACUGUCAUAGACAGAAAGCCCGGGUAGAUGAGGUGUGUACCCAGAGCAGCGUGCUUGAACUUUAAUGGGAUAAAAACACGAAAAUAAAUUGAAAUUUGAAAUGAAAUACUUGCCAGAAGUAUGGUCCCGUUGUUAAGAUGCAGUUGCUACAUACACAUUGAAACAUGGUAUCUGUAUCAUUUAAAUGUUGAUGAUCGGAUCACAUCAGCACCAUUCCUGAGGUAUGAUAUUCUGUUAGGUGGCCUUCAGAAACAAACAGUUGUGGACGGGUCAGAAGCAACCAAACUUAUUUGAAUUGCAUAUGAUAUUAAAUUAUUUUAUAUUAUGGAUCAUGAAUGUUUUAAGCAAUUAGGACCACACCUCUUUUUAAACAGCCGAGGUGCCAUCAUUUAGGACAACAAGCUAGUGGUAAACAUAUAGCUUUCUGCAUAGGAUGAAUGCAAACAGUGGUGUCCGGUGGUAUACUUUAUUAUUAACAUAUAAUGCAUAGAUUUCAAGUGGAUAGUAGAAGCCGUUUCAUUUCAGACAUGAUAAACAUAAAAAGUUGUCUUUUAUAGAUAAAAUGUUUUUCAUUUUCAGUAAGAAAUCCUCACUAACAAAACAAACCAAUAACAAAAAACUCACCAAAAAAAAAGAAACCCACACAAAAACAUCAAUCCACAUAUAACACUACAGAAAAACUAUAAAACAAGUUUGCAUUCGACAGUAAUAAUACAACUAAUCUCUAUCAGUUGCAUUCGACAGUAAUAAUACAACUAAUCUCUAUCAGUUGCAUUCGACAGUAAUAAUACAACUAAUCUCUAUCAGUUGCAUUCGAUGUUGUGUCGUCUAUUCUAAAUCUUUUGUUUGUGUUUACUUUGUGGUACCUUUCGAAAUUGAACAAUUUUCAUCAACAAAAGGCAACCUUUUAAUGUGUAUCAUUCCUGUUUGUAUGUAUAUAUGUUGUAAUAGGUCGUCAUAAUGCUAAAUCAGAUUUUUGACUUUCAUUCCAGGUUUUUUUAAUGAAUCUUAUGUAAUAAGUUGUGCAUAAUUUUGAUUUGAAAAUUAAUAUUAAUAAUAAAUCAUCUUUCAGACUUCAACAACCCUUCCCUCCCUCAUGGUGUUUUCCCCUUCCGACCAAUACUUCAUAUAUAUAUAUAUAUAUAUAUAUAUAUAUGAUGUAUGUGUGUGUGUGUGUGUGUGUGUGUGUGUGUGUGUGUGUAUGUGUGCAUAAGAUUUAUAUAUUUGGCCUAGUAAAAAUAUUUAAAAGAGCCGAAAGUUGUCAUCUAAAGUAUGUCAUUUUUUUUCUAUAUCCGGAUGCUAGGAAAUCGCGUUUGAGUUAUAAAAACUUAUCGCGAGACAACAUGCCCACGCACUUCCUAAAUAGAACCCAACUCUAGAAAUACCCUACCAUAUCAUGUCUGGAGGUAACAUGCUUCGUAGUUAAUGUUGCUAUUAACGACAAUUUGGUAGUAAUAAGCAGAGAUCAUUGAUUUUAUAUUAAUUAUGUCACAUACUUUGGAGGCUUUCACCCCUCUUGAAGAGUAUUCAAUAAAAAAACAAAAUGGCAGACGGCAGAAAACUGCAUGUAUUUUGCCCUAUGCUAUCUCAGCGAAGUCGAUACUGGCGACAUCGUUACAAUCUCAUAUGUGAAAUCGGUGUCUCUGUAAUGGUUUUUUCACAACUUGUGUCAAUACAACAUUUGGGGGAAAUGUAAUGGUAAUUAAAGGUAGGAGAGUAAUUUAUUGUAGUUGUUAACAAUUUGGUUCGGACUUUAAGUCAUCCUGGUGUUUGUAAUACCACUAAAUGCAUUUUUAUAACACUAAAAACGCACGUCCCUCUGAGAAGUAACGGUUAUGAAGACGAGCUCGAGUCUGUUUUAAAGGGUAUUUUCCCGUUUGAACGCCACAGACACUUGUUUAAUUAUAUUGUAACUACUAGUAUACAGAUGUGUUACAGAUGUGUAGAUUAACCAAACUUAGUGUCAAUUUUUUACAGACUGAAACUAGGGUCUGCGGCUUUAAAUGGUAGUUUUCGAGUUGUUCAUAUUUGUUUUGUGUUUUACAAUUGUCCAUUUUGUUUAUUGUAUAACCUGUUCUUUCUUUCAUUGCUCAAUUUAUAUCAGCAAACCGCUGUUGUUCAUAUUGUUACGUUACACUGCAUGCUAAACACCUCGACGUCAUAUUAUGUUUUGUGAUGUUCAUCGGAGUAUUGUUACCAGGCCUGGUGCUUAUAAAACGUUUUGAAUCGAGAAUGAAGACUAGUAGAAUCUGAGACUUUAACGUCAUAGCAGCACCUACCAAACUGCAUACAUAUGACGUCAUAUAAAUAUUUUGUCUAGACUAUAAAGGUUUUUUUUAUAAGCACAGGCCCAGAUCCAGUUCCUAUAAAUGUAUACUCAAGACGAUAACAAAAGUCUUACCCAUAUAAUACACCAAUAAUGUCCAUGUCGCACAUAAGUCAAAAUAUUUGGCUAAAAGUCGUAAGUCCAGAAUUUAAAGAUUUGUAAUUAAUCACAGGUCAUGAUCAUGUGAAAUGUUUAUUUUUUAAACGACGUAGUUACAUAUCUAAGGUUUACUAAGUAAAGGACUUCAACAUAUACAUUUAUAAAGUCAGAAUUCCUGACUAAAAUCUAAAUCGGGGCGGCCUAGCACCAUAUUGGAUCACUGUCAGUCAUAUAAGUAGGAAUAAGGCUUAUUAAACCUGAACGACAAAACCGUAAUACAUGAUUAGGGCCGUAUCUUUGCACAAUGCAGAGUCGAAUUGGCAUUUGGCAAAAUAGUGGCUGAUUCCACGAAUCUAUAUCAAGUGCCUGUUCUAUAGGAGGACAGCCACUCCAGAGGAGGACAGCCACUCCAGAGGAGGACAGCCACUCCAGAGGAGGUCCUUUACUGGAAAUUUCAUCCGUCUUGCACCGCCACAAAGAGGACUGCCACUGCCAGACUAGUUUACUAAAUCAAAACUAGCAACGGACAGGGCUCAUUGGAAUAAGUACAGUUAUAAUAGCAUGCACUCAUGAAUCACUGUCAUAACAGUGAUGACAUCAGGUGUUCAUGAAAGGUGAGCAUAUCGUGCCCCACCGGUGGCACCCGUCAUGAGUUGCGGACAAGUUUAUUGAAUUUUCACCCACACCCACACGCGUCGUUUCACCACCACCACCCCACCCCAUGAAUAAACCGAUCUGGCCCUAAAAGCACGUGCCCCGGUUAUUUCACUCUAUCGAUGUCACUAUUCCAAAUUCUAAAAACAAAUAUAUGGUGUUUAAACUGAAAUUUUUUGUCAACCAAAGUCCCGUAAAGUUUAAUAAGAAUGGGUCGUGGUACCUUUUUUGUUUCUUUUAUUUCUAUGACAUUAAGUCUCACGAUGUUUUUGCAUACGAAGGGUGAUCAAUACAUUCUUAGGCUAACUGCGACAUACUUUCUCUAUGGGCAUUCUUACCUGUAACAGUACAAGGUAGUCCUCUUGGAAGACAACACAUUUCGUCCAACGGUGCUGCACUGCCUGGAUCCUUCUGAAGAAGAGGGAUUCUUCCUGCAGGAUGAAACACUCCCCGCUAGCGGAAAUGACAUCACUGUGAGUUGCGUGAUGCCUCUUUUUCAUGUGAGGAAAUAGAUGGAAGUCAAUCAGUGCUAGAUCUGGGGAUUAUCGAAGGUGAUCAAUAUGCUGGAGUCCACAGCCAUACAAUGCUGUCAUUGUGAUCACCGACGUGAGAGCAGGUGAUUUAUACGUUUCGCGGAACCUUCGUCAUGGACAGCAAGAUGUUCUGAAGACGUCAAGAUGUUCUGAUGACGUCAAGAUGUUCUGACGACGUCAAGAUGUUCUGAAUUCUUUAUUGCAAGAUGUCUGCUUCACUGGCUAUGUUGAGACCUCGAACACUCCAUGGAUUCGCGCCCGGGUCCCUUUCUGAUUUGGAUAAUUUCUGAUCACCCGUCGUUUGUGAACGAUCUGUGUAUUUCAUAAACAUAAUUUAUCGUUAUGGUAGACCUUUGUAAUGUACACAGUUAUGUAUUUCCCACGUUAAGCCUGUCAUACUAUAUACUAUGAUGGGAAUGUUGUCUUAUCUGUGAUCUCAUUUCGCCAGUACACUCUUGUAUCUUUGUUCCUUUCAUGUUAUUAAACGUUCAUUUCUUA